GUAUUGGCAUUUUCAUUGGGUGUUUGUUCGUGAGUGCAUGUGUUUUCAGUUGUUUUUGAGUUUCUCCUGAUUUUCCUUACACUUUUCCUCAUUUUUCCACUUCAACUGUGCCCACGAGACUCCUUGGCAGUUCCUGCGAGUGCUUCUGCGGUGUACAUUGUGCCAAAAGGUUGUGUUUGAGGGCAAAACAAGCGCCCCAGUGUCAACAGAUGAAUGCAUCGAGUCACUCCGAGACUUUCAUCCGCAAUUAAUCACACCUUUCGGAUGCCCAGCGGCUGAAUUUGGCCCACAGAAAGAUGUCCCUAAAGAAAUCCGACCAGCAGGCGAUUGGCAGUGGUCUUCGCGUGGCGGCGGGAGAGCCGCAUCUGGUGAGCCUCGGCGGCGGACGCCUCAGCACGGCCGUGACAAUUCAUCACUUACCCAUUGGUGACUUGACCAUUGGCUCCUCGCCGUCGUGCGGCGUGAUUCUCAAUGGCUCGGGCGUGCUGCCGGUGCACUGCACGCUGUACCGCAACGAGGAGGGCGACGUGCUGCUGGUGCCUGAACCCGAGGGACGGACGCUUGUGGAUGGCAAUCGUGUGUCCGAGGAGGUGAAUUUGACACAGGGAGCGAUGCUCACCAUUGGCAAAUCCAACUACUUACGAUUCAACAAUCCCGCCGAGGCGGAAUUGAUUAGAUCGACGAUUGGUAGCAACGAGAGGAUUUCCAUGCCACAGAUUGACUUCCGUCACUCGCAAGAUGACUCUUCAGGGAGGGAGAAAGAUGUUAAGAGUGCGCCUGAAUCUCACGAUGAGGACAUUGCUGAGAAGCUGACCAAGAUCGAAUAUGCCAAUAUCAAGAACUUUCACUGCCCAAAGGUGUUCACAGCCGAUUCAGUUACCGUAAAUACACCGGCGAAGGAUGUUCUGGGGCCGAAGUACAAGAAUUUCACGAAAAAUCUCAACAAUAGUCUCAACAACAGUCUCAAUAAUCUCGUCAAUUCGCCUUCAUCGAGUAGCAUUUAUGAGAAUGCAGGUGGAGCGUCUGGAAAUAUCCUGACGACGUUCAACAAUCUGAAAGUGACGCCCAAUCCGACGACAUACGAUCGCUAUCCCAAGUCUUUUGGGCUGCAAGUGUUCCCGAUGAAUGGCGUGAAUGCGCAGAUCAAUAGUGACUCGAGUGAGAUGCACCAGCGGGCACAGAAGGAGCGCCUGCGGGAGCAGGAGAUGUCGAAGGUGGAGCAGGAGCGCCUAGAGGAGAUCUUGCAGUUGUGUGCUGAGUACGAGCGACAGAAUCAGUCGAUGCAAUCGUCGCCAAUUGUGCAGAAUCGCAUCAAGACGAAUGGUUCGCUGCCGCGAGAGAAGAAGUCACCGUUUGGCGAAGGGCAGCAGCAGCAGAUUUUCUUUCCGCCCGAUGACAAAUCUCGCGGCAGGAAGCUGAAUUCAGGCUAUGAGAAUGUCGUGCUCAAUCCCAACACAAAGCGGGCAGAGAUCAGUCCUGAGGAGCCAGUGAAGAAGCCCACGUACAUUCCGCAGAGUCCCAGGACGAAGAUCCGCACGACGGUUUCGCCGAAGAGUCGUGUGGAGUCGUGCGAGAAGAGGACGGAGUAUGAGAUUCUGCUGCAGUCCUUCGAGGAGCGCCAGAAGGCGGAGGCCAACAAGUGUCAAGACCUGAAGUUUGCGGCGAGCAAUCAGAAGUGGGAUGAUAAACUCAUUGGGCGCGUGAAGAGUGAGCGGAAUGAUGUGCUGAUGCGCGUGAGAGAGCUCAAGACUCAGAUUGCCGAUCUGCAGCGCCAGGAGGACGAGGUCCUCCGGGAGCUGGACAUGGAGAAGGCACUCGUGAAUGCUGAGCUCUCCAGUGAGUUUGUCACCCUCAAUGAGAUGCGGACCGAACUGACGGCGCUGCAGGGCAAGAUUCAUCGUCUGGAGGCGCAGAGGAAUGCCAAUCGCGUGAUGCAGGAGACGCAGCAGGCGAAGCUGAGGCAGAAGAUUGAGAUGCUGCAGGAUCAGGUGGCGGGCUUGGAGAAGCUGAUGGCGGAGAGUGGGGAGGACAAGGAGCUGCGCGAGGAGCUGGCCAAGGCGCUCGAGUCACUGGAGAAUGAUCGAAAGGUGUUUGAGGAUCUGGAGUUUCAGUAUCUCGAGGAGGAGACAGAUUGGCUGGCGUACAGAGAGGAGUUGCACAAUGAUCUCAAGGGUCUCAACAAGGCGGUGGAGGCGAAGCGUAAUCAAAUCAUGAAGCUGGAGCUGCAGCGCAUUGAGAAUCAGCAGAUUGCGUGCUCGGACACGAAGGUGUUGGAGAAGAAUCUCCUGACACUUCUCACGGAUUUGGAGAAGAGUCGAGAGACACUGAAGGCGAUUGAUAAAAAGCUGUUCCUGUUGUCUGGCGGCCAAGAGCCCGCGGCCGCACAGUCAGAGUCGGAUGAUGACGCGGAUCUGUUGGCCAUGGCGCAGAAGACGAAGAGCAAGGCUGGAAUUCUCUCUCAGUCGCUGUAUGGAUCGGAAGAGAUCCUCGCGAAGCGCAACAAUGACAUUGACAUGAUGAGCAAGAGUGUGAAUGAGAACAUGUUCUUCGACAAUCUCGAGAUGCCGUCCAGCAGCACACCAAAGAAGAGCGUCCGCACGAUUGACGUGAGUGAGGACAUCAACAUCACGGACACGAGUCACAAUCUGCUGCAUCAGGCGGAGGACGCGAGUGAGGAGUCUUCGGCGCGCUCGUCGCUGUUCAAGCGCAAGAGCGACUCCGAGACGGAUCCGCUGCUGAAGCUGAAGUUCGAUCUGUCCGGCGAGGCGACAGCGGCUGACGCCAUCAAUCUCAAUCUGUCUCUGGAGUCGGAUGAUUUCGAGGUGAAUCCACUGGAGAGGCGAAUCCCCUCGCAGGACGACAUCGACAGGAUCACCAGGCUGACCACGGAGGCGCCGAUUGACACUGAGGGCGCCAGUCACAAGGUGCGCGAGAGCAUCAAGGAGAUCGAGAGGAAUCGACAGCUUUUGCUCACGCAGCAGGGCUCGCAUGUGAUUGAGCACGAGCGCCAGAAGAUGUUCGAACUGAAGAAGAAGAGUCACGACGAGGCGAGAGCUCAAUACUUGAGACUCCACAUCAAUAGCCAAUCGGAGCCGAUUGAAGGUGCCAUCGACGAUAAGGAAGUCAUCCUUGAAGGUGGAGGAGUGAGGAUUGGCGAGAGUCCGGAGAAUGUCGCAUUGAGUUCAAAUACCAAAAUGGAGAAGUCUAGUCAUCAGCAGCGACACUCGAAUCCCGACUUCGAUGGGCAGCAGCAGCCGGAGCAACAAAUUCGGCCGCUGAGCGAGGUCAAUUCGGACAAGAGCUACGAUUUGACACCCACCAAAGCGUACAAAUCCACCAGUGACAUAUGCGCGCCGAGUCGCCCGGACAGGUCGGAGGUGGAUGGCUGCCAGAGGGACAGUGUGGUGUCCCAGAGCGCCGCCAGCGAUGCCGGCGGCUCCAACGGGCGCCUGGUGGCGGGCAGCAGGCGCAAUCUGCCAAAACAUCAGCGACCGCUCACGAGAUACCUGCCGAUCAUGUCGCAGGACUUGGACCUGCGACAGCAUAUCGAGACCGCGGGCCACCAAAUCAAUCUCUGUCCGCACGUUAUCGUGGAUUCGACGAGCUGUCGCGGGUAUUUGCACAAGUUGGGCGCGACUUUCCACGGCUGGUCGCGGCGGUGGUUCGUGCUGGAUCGACAAAAGGAGGCGUUCGUCUACUAUUCGGACAAGUCCGAGAGGAAACCAAGAGGUGGAUCUUACUUUACGACGAUCGAUGAAGUGUAUCUGGAUCACAUGAACACGUCGAAGAGCGGUCGUCCACAUUGCACAUUCAUUGUGAAGACGAAGAAACGGAGUUACCACCUUCAGGCGGCUUCCGAUGCCGCCGCGAGGAUUUGGAUUGAUGCCAUUAUCACUGGCGCCCAAGGGAAUAUUGACUACUGAGCUGCACAGGAAGGCGAGUGUGUGUGUGUGUCUCGCAGAGAUUGGGAUGAAUGAUGAGGAAAUCUGCGCAUUUUCACUCUGUGAGUUUCUCAUAUAAUUCAUGCCUUUCCGGGCGACAAUUUUCUGACGAUAUUCACGCUUCACUGACCUUUAGCUCCAAAUGUUAACACUACAUUAGUGGAUAUGAAGAAAGAGAAAAAAAAACUGCGGAUGGAAAAAAUGUGCCACAAUUUUUAAAACUAUCAUUAUUUAGUACUUCUUUGCUCGUAAUUCAUUUCAUGAUUGUAACACUGGAAGGAGCUCAACUUUGUGCCUUUCGUUCGCGAAGAGAGGUUGAUGAGAAAAAAAACACAUGAUAAGUACUAUGUUUUGAAAUUGAUGACUGAAAAAUUGUAUGGAAAAAAGUAACUUUUGAUAUCAUUCUAUAUUUGGUGAGAUGAGAGCAAUAUAUAUAUUUUUCUAUUGCUCAAGUGUAUGAAAAAUCAGGCAUAUAUAAACUAAAUUUUUUCCUAAAAAAAAAUUAUAUCAUUGUGAAAAAGAAUAAGAUCGAGUUGUUUACGCUCUCGAAUUGACGAUAGAAUUGAUUCAGUAAAAAGUAUUAAUAAAGAUUGUAAGAAAGAA